GGCGGGGCUCAUUUCUGCAAAAGAUCAAACUUCAAAAUGGCAACUUUUAGUGAACAAGUAGCAAUAGUAACUGGCGGGGCGCAGGGUCUAGGAGAAGCUGUGAGCACUAUGCUAGUCUCCAACGGCUGCAAUGUAGUCAUUUUCGACUAUGAUGCAGAGAAAGGAGCUGCAGUGGCCUCUAGAAUUGGAGCAAAAUUUGUCAAAGUGGAUGUAUCUAGCGAGGCAUCAGUAAAGGAAGCCUUUGCUUCAUUCCAAGGGCUCCACAAUAGAUUGGAUAUAAUGGUCAAUUGUGCUGGGAUUGUUGGGCCCACUAGUAUCAAAACUGAAGAUGUGACAUUAGAGGGUUGGGAAGCAGUACAAGGAGUUAAUGUCAGAGGAAGUUUUCUAAUGACACGAGAAUCACUCCGUCUCAUGAAAGAAAGAGAUUAUGGACGAAUAUUGCUCAUUGCAUCAAUUGCAGGAAAGGAAGGCAAUGCUGGAAUGGCUGCAUACAGUACUAGUAAAGCUGCUGUCAUUGGUCUUGCUAAAGCUACAGGGAAGGAAUAUGCAGAGACAGGGAUUACAGUUAAUGCACUGGCUCCUGCAGUAGUAAAGACAGCAAUGGUGGAAGGACUCAAGGAAGAACAAGUUAAAUAUAUGACUGAUAAGAUACCAAUGAAAAGGUGUGGAACACUUGAUGAAGUGGCAUCAAUAGUCAAAUUUAUAGUAUCCCCAGAGGCAAGUUUCAACACAGGAUUCACCUUUGACCUCACUGGAGGGAGAGCUGUCUACUAACUAAUAACUAUGAAUUAAGAGUCGCUUAUUAACAUUAUUAUUAUUAUUGCUAUGAAUGGCCUCUUCUCGUUUAAAAUUUAAAGUUUAA